AUGCUGACGCGGUCGCGGUCACCACCGUGCAGCUCAUCUGCUCCUCCGUCCUCGAGGACCCACGAGGAGCAGAAUCUCAAGCUCACGCUGCUCAACAUGAGCCCUGCCGCGCGGUACGCGGCCAAGGCUACCAUGGUGCAUGUCCCGCGCCUGCUCCGUCUCCCUUCCACCUUCGCCUGGUUGUACUGA